UUGAGAUAUUAUUUUUCUGGAAGGCUUGCCCAAUGUUUCUGUAAACUGAAGUGGCUGCUUCUUAGGAUUGAUGGAAGAGGUUGGACCCUCCUCCCCAUUGCCGGUAACAAAAAUGGCAGUGGACAACCCCGAAAUGCUGAUGGGCCUGUGCACAGAAUACUGUCUCCGGAACCUGAAAAGCACCCUGUGUUAUCUGCUGGACACUAACAUUCUCCACUUGCACCCUAUUUUUUUGCCUAGUGAAAUCUGUGACACCCUUGUAAACACAUAUGUGGAGCUGGUGAACACAGAUAACAACUUUGCACCCUAUAAAAACUUCUUUAAACUAUUCUCAAAGCCAGAUAACACCAGGCUGAGUCGAGUUCAUCUUCGGGAAGAUUUGGUGCAAGACAAGGACCUGGAAGCAAUUGAAGAUCAGGAUUUGGUUGAACUUCACCUCAUAAACUGUGAGAAGCUUACAGCAAAGAGUCUCCAAACUAUUACAAAAUUUCGGCACACCUUAGUAUCUCUUAACUUAUUUGGCUGUAGUAAUCUCUUCUGUGAGGAAGAGAACUCUGAAGACUGUGAAGAUGAUGACUGCCUUGCAAAUAGUACACAUCGGUUUCUGAUCAAGGAUUUCACCUUUGAAGAUUUCAGCCGAUUACGGGCCCUUAACUUGGGUCAUCUGACUGAGGAUGUGAAUGUGGAUUUGCUGUUGCGACCCCUGACCUCACUGUCUUCGCUUGACCUUUCUAAGGUUCCCCUUAAAAACAUAACAUUUCUUACACAAUGGAAGGAGAGACUGACUUCUUUAGUUCUGUACAAUAUUGAUCUAUCUGAGGAUCACAUACGGGUAAUACUGCAGCUGUGUAAUCUCAGACAUUUGGAUAUUUCCCGUGAACGACUCUCCAUUUAUAAAUUUAAACCAACUAAGAAGGUGCUGAGCAUGCUUGUCCAGAAUUUAACAAACCUAGUCUCCUUGGAUAUGUCUGGCCAUGUGAUGCUGGAGAACUGUGGAGUUAAUGAAAUGGAUGAAGAACCUGGUCAACCAAGUACUGAUCCUUCCAAAAGCAGCAUCAUCCCUUUUCGAAUCCUGAAGAAACCCUUACAAUUCCUGGGACUGUUUGAUACCUCUCUGUGCAGCCUGAAAAACAUUCCAGCCUACAAGGUAACUGGUGGCAAGAAUGAAGAUCAGAUUUUGAAUGCUAUUGAGGCAUAUACAGAGUACAGACCAGAAAUUGCAUCUCGGGCCCUCAACCACCUAUUUGACAUAACUCGCACAGAACACUGUGAGCAAGUUUUAAGGGCUUUAAAGUUGGUUAUUGCAGCUUUGAAGUACCACAGAUAUGAAAAGAAUAUUCAGGUAACAGGAAGUGCAGCACUUUUCUAUUUGACUAAUGCAGACUAUCGGUCAAAGCAGAACAUGAAGGUGCGGCGUCAGGUGAUCCAAGUGGUACUGAAUGGCAUGGAGUCAUAUCAGGAUGUAACGGUGCAACGUAACUGCUGCUUAACACUGUGCAAUUUUGGUAUCCCAGAGGAGUUGGAGUUUCAGUACCACCGUGUUAAUGAGUUGCUGCUGAGUAUCUUGAACCAGUCUAGACAGGAUGAGUCUCUCCAGCGCAUUGCUGUGCAUCUGUGCAAUGCUUUGGUCUGCCAAGUGGACAAUGACCACAAGGAAGCAGUAGGAAAGAUGGGUUUUGUAACUACUAUGCUGAAGUUGAUCAAGAAGAAGCUAACAGACAAAGUAUGCGACCAAGUGAUGGAGUUUUCCUGGAGUGCUCUGUGGAACAUUACAGAUGAAACACCAGAUAACUGUGAAAUGUUCCUUAGUUACAGUGGGAUGAAAUUGUUUCUUGAUUGUUUGAAUGAAUUUCAAGAAAAGCAAGAAUUGCACCGAAACAUGUUGGGUCUGCUGGGAAAUGUUGCUGAGGUGCGAAAACUACGUCCUCAUCUCAUGACUAGCCAAUUUAUUAGUGUUUUCAGUGAUCUUCUAGCGAGCAAGGCAGAUGGUAUUGAAGUAUCAUACAAUGCAUGUGGGGUUCUGUCUCACAUCAUGUAUGAUGGACCAAGUGCUUGGAUGAUUCCAGAGCCACCAAGGGAAGAUGUGAUGGAGAGAAUGUGGCAGGCCAUCCAGAGCUGGGAUGUUGCAUCAAGAAGAAAUAUCAACUACAGGUCAUUUGAACCAAUUCUUCGACUGCUACCACAAACUGUAUCUCCUGUCAGUCAGCACUGGGCUACUUGGGCCUUAUAUAACCUCAUCUCUGUUUACCCUGACAAGUACUGCCCUUUGCUCAUUAAAGAGGGUGGCAUAGCACUUCUGGAAAAGGUACUACAAAUGGAGUCAUCGAGGCUGGAAACAAAAGAAAUGGCCAGGUAG